AUGGAAUCGAAGUGGAUCUUGAAGGAAAUCAACGAUUUGGAGAAGGAUCCUCCCACCUAUUGCAGUGCCGGUCCUGUUGCUGAUGAUAUGUUUCAUUGGCAAGGAACAAUCAUGGGUCCUCUAGACAGUCCUUAUGAGGGAGGUGUUUUCUCACUUGUUAUUAAUCUCCCUCCAGAUUAUCCCUUCAAGCCACCCAAGGUUGCAUUCAAGACAAAAGUUUACCACCCAAACAUAGAUAGCAAUGGAAAAAUUUGCCUUGAUAUAUUGAAGGAUCAAUGGAGCCCCGCUCUAACCAUUUCCAAGGUGUGUUUGUCGAUUAAGUUGAUAGUGCUGCUCUCAAUUUCUUCCUUUUUGACGGACCCAAAUCCCGAUGAUCCUUUGGUCCCUGAAAUUGCCCACAUCUACAAGACAGACAGGAAACAGUACGAGUCAAAUGCAAGAAGUUGGACUCAGAAAUAUGCCAUGGGCUAA